CGCUGCCGUCGCUUCGCCAGCGCCCGUGGCAACAGAGCCGCAAACCCUCUACUUGCAAUUUAUUCAGCCAAUUUUAUUGAUAUUUCCGCGAAUAUUCCCCCAAAAAUCGUGAUUAAAAGUGCAUAUACAUCAAUUACAGUGCUCAUUGGACCCGGUUGUUGUGGCAUUUGGGGGCGGCGAUGGGAGAAAAUAGUGCUGGAAGCUCCACGAAGCAUCUGCAAAAACUGUCAAAGUGCGUCUCUCAGCUAAUUUUUCGAUAAAUAAUCAAUUACUUUUUAGCAAUUGCGCCCCAAUUGCCUGUGAUUUGCAUCCCUGCGGUGUUAUUAAUUAAUUUCCGUGGACUUCCGGGUGUGCCUGAGGCGGGGGAGAGACAAAAAUUGGUGGAUUUUGUGUGGGAGAGUGAGUGAGGAGGGAAGUUUUUUUUUCUACCUUGUUUGCUGGAAAAUUUCCCAAAAUAUUUUUAUUUCUUUUUGAGUGAGGAGUUUUUGUGGGGAUUUGUGGCUUUCCGGUUGGGGAGUGGAAAGUGGACAGUGGGACCGUGGAUAGAGGGUUGAGUGGGGUGUUUAAGGAAGGUGGAAGAUCAUGUCUCGAUGGAAUAAAAAUCGCAAUCAGGCUUUUGCUGUUCCCAUUGAUUCCCUGAUCAAGGAGAAGGAGAACACAAAUCGUCCCACAGCUGCCCGUUCGGCUGGUACUGUGGGCAAAUGGGGCGUCACGAGUUUCACAUCCAUCCGGGGGGUGUCUAUUUAUGGUCGCAGUGGAUUCUCUCAGUUCAGUCCAAAGCAGGAACCUUCCCCGUCAGCUUACAUAUCGCCCACGCAGGAACCUCAGCUCAGUCAAAAUGCCCCAAAUAUUGAACCACCAAAGCCCAAGAAAUUCUUCAAGAGUCGCAAUGCCCCUCCAGAACCCUUCCUCAUCCAAUCCCCUCAGACUUCGCCAUCUGUCGAAGGUUCUCGGCCGGCAAAUUUCUACACAGCCGCCCCUGCAGGGACUUCCGGCGAGCCUCAGACGCCCAAGGGCCCUGGUAGGCCACGGAAACCGCGUCCCGAGAAGCCUGAGAAGAAGAAAUCUACAAAAAGUACAAAGAAAACAAAAGCAAUCGCCGAGGGGGAGGAAAAAGUGGCCAAAGUGACCAAGACCAAGGCCGAGGGAUACUCAAAAGCUGCCACAGCUGUCCCUAGCAAACGGUAUCUGGCCAGGAAUCGCAAAGUUGUCAACUACAGCGAAGACAACAGCCGAAGUCCAAGUCCAGAACGCAUUCAGUACGCCCCGCCGACUGAAGCUGCUCCAAGCCCGCCAAAAUCAGCUCCCCUGGAUCAUCCUCCAAUCGUCCUCCGGAUAUCCAAGGGAACAUCGAGGCUGGUGAGCACGGAUAGUGAUGAAGUGAACAAUUCACCAACUUAUACAGCACCAACACAGAGUCUUUUGCCACCAACUGCUCCGGUGGCAAGUGCAGCAGCACCAAUUGGGGAUCCUGUGGGCGCUUUGACGUCCACGGCGGAAUUAUUGGCAGUUCUGUCUGAACAGUCAAAUCCAGCUCCGGCUGUUCAGGUGCCAGAAAUAGUGACGCCCAAGAGGCCUGAGGAAGACAGUGGAGGAGGAGGAGGAGAGUGUUUGAAGAUUAAGAUACGCACGGAUGGGAUUAAGGGUUUCAUCAAUAGCACAAAUUUGCCAGCUGUGAAGGAGGGAAAGGCCGGAAGGGGAAGGAAGAAGGCCGUGAAGGUUGAUGAGAGACUGUCAGAGGCCAAAGUUGUUCCGGAAGUGAGAGUAACGAGAGCUUCAAGGAGAAAUCAGGAGUCAGUGACAGCAGAAAGUCCUCCUUCGGCUCCAAAAAUCACUCUUUUAUUGCCGCCGGCAAAGAAGCCUCCGGGAGCAUCUCCUCAGCCUGGAAGUGAGAAUUAUGAGCUGUACAGGACUCUAGCGUCACCGUCAGAACGGGAUUUUGACUCUCAGAGUUCUAUUUUGGGCAGUGUAUCAUCCAACAAUACGCCAACUCCUGUGGCCCUUGGAGGACUUCCAUUGGAGGAGACUUGUGUCAUUCGACGACGAGAAUCCAGUGACGGAACUAGUGAUAUUGAUACUUCUCAGCAUAGUUCACUAGUUGCACCUCCGUCGGACAUCAAUGUUCGCCUGAAUGCCAUUUCCGAGUCCUCAGAACAGGACGAAGCCGAAGUAGCUGUGAAGGUGAUUGAGGAGAAGAAGUCGCCGGCAAAAGCAACUCCGGCCCCAGUCACAAAUCGCCGAAUAACCCGACGGGGAGCAGCAAUGAAGUCGAUUCCGGAGGAAGUGAAGGAACCAACACCUCCGCCGGCUGUCAAGGAACCACCUCCGCCCGUGUCUGGUCGUGUGACCAGGAACAACAACAAUGGGAAUAUUCCAAAACCACCGCCAACGCGCAGCUACACCCGGAAACGCCGUGGAACAAAGAUUGAGGAGCAGCCAGAGACAAAAAUACCCGAAGAAGCUCCAGAGAUCUCUGCCAAUCCCAAUGACAGCUCCAAGGAUCAGACAGAACUCAACAAUGUCACAAAUUCCGCCUGCGAAGAUUCUAUUCCCGAAGGGAAACCCAGAGCCAAAUACCGACGUGGACGAUAUGGCCAGAAGGAGGUCAACAGCGAAGAGGUAUCUCAGGAAUCUCUGGAAGUCAGAGACAAGAACAGCGAAGUGGAUGACAGUGACAGGAAUAUGGAUGAAAAUAGUUCAGAGAAACCGAGUGUAAAGCUGCUGAUCUCAAAGAAGAAGGGAAGUAUCUUCAAAAGUCGAGCACUCGUCACAGAUGCCGACGCUGGCAAGAAGAGGCAUGUGUACAAGCACAAAUGGGACGAUGACAGUAAAGGCAACUCAUCCCUCUUGGGCAGUGAUGCCACAAAGACGCCCCUGGCGGAUGAGUUUAGCCUCCUCGAGGGCAGCAGCACGAGUCUGUCUCGUGUGCCCAAGCCAGAAGACAGUGCAACUGAUCGGGAGAGUGUGCUGAAUUUCUCGCGGGAGUGUCAGCAGGAGGUGCAACAGGAGAAGUACUAUACGCGUGUGCGGAAUGUGAAGAAGGCACAUCAGAUUCAGGAAAUUGGAGAAUUUCAGGAGAUGGAUGAUGAUGUUGAGUACAUUUUGGAUGCUCUGCAGCCUCACAAUCCCAUCAGCACGAGAUGCCUAUCGGCCAUUCAGUUGUCGUCCAAGUGCAUGACUCCAGGGUUUAGGAUGCAUGUCCGGGCCCAUGGGACAGUGGCAAAGUUCUUCAGGGCACUGAGAGAUGCGACAAAGGAUCAGAGUUUGGGACUGUGCACGGCAACGAUAAUGUUUGUUCUGUCGCAGGAUAAUUUGAAUAUGGAUCUGGACAGGGAUUCGCUGGAGUUGAUGCUGAGUCUGCUGGAGUCAGAUGUGAGUCAUGCUGAUGCCCUGGACGAUGCUGGACUGAGUUUGCAACAGUUGCAGCGGAAUAAGCAGAAGGUGAGGGAAUUGUGUGAAGAGGUGAAGAGUCAUGGGAAGGCACAACAUCUCAAUCUGGACAAUAUUACGGUGGGAACACUGGCUAUGGAAACCCUCCUGAGUCUGACGUCCAAACGAGCUGGAGAGUGGUUUAAGGAGGAAUUGAGGAAUUUGGGUGGAUUGGAGCACAUCAUCAAUACAAUCUGUGAAUGCUGUCGACAGAUUUCGGAUUAUGUUGUGGGCUGGACGGAUGCUCUGUUGGAUAAAUUGCGGAAAAUUGAACGGUGCCUGAGGGUGCUGGAGAAUGUGAUGGAGAUGAAUGAGCAGAAUCAGAGUUAUAUCCUUGGCUAUCGCAAUGGCCAUGCCAUUGAGACUCUGGUGAAAUUGUACAAACUCUGCGAUCGGGAGAUUGCUCUCUACCCGACAAAUGAUCAGACACCCAAAGAAAAUCCCGGAGUGGUUAUCCGGGAAGCCCUUGUGCCCACCCUCAAGGUUCUCAUUGCCCUAACGCAUCCCUUCAAUGAUCGGGCAGUUGGGGCAGUUUUUCUGGGCGAGAAAGAGGGAUUGUUCGACACGAGUCUCCAUCUGCUGCUGCAGGCACCGAAUUAUGUUCCGGAGAAGUGUAUCUUCGAAUUGAGCAUCUUGGUACUGCUGCUGCUCAUCAAUCUGACCAUGUACACAAAGGCCAACAGAUCCAUCAUCAUGGAGGCCAAUGCUCUGUCGGACUUUGGGAGUCAAUUUGCCAAAGUGCCAGCCAUCAAGGCUCUCGUGGAAUUCUUCUAUAAAUGUGAAGAAUUGGCCAGAAUGGCUGAGAGGAAUACCGAUGAUCUCUUGGAGUCAAAUCCCAAGAAGUACGAGAAGAAGCACAAGACUGCUCAAGAGGAAGUUGAGGAGACUGUGACAAAGUUGCUCCAGAAAGCUGGUCAUCAUAUGGAGCACACAAUGCUGGCCAGCUAUGUUUGCCUCCUGCUGGGCCAUUUGCUGAUGGACAAUGCGGAGAACGAGAAGAAGAUCCGACCAUACCUCAGGGACGCCACCUUCGAUGACAUGGUGAAAGUCCUCGAAAAGUACUACAAUUUCAUGAAUCUCACAGCCAGCUCUGAAGCAUCAGUUGUGGCUCAUAUAAAGUGGACAAAGGGGAUCAUUGACUACUUGACGAAAUGUGAUUCACAUUCCAGCAGCCACCAAGAAGCAGUUUCAUCAACAGCUCCAUCAGUUUCACGUGCUGGUGCUCCUGGAGGUUAUUCUUAUGGCACAUCUCAUUACAGUACAAGAUAGAGAGAGAGAGAGCGAGAGAGAAAUCGGUGAGUGCGUGAGAUUUAGACAAAUUUCUAAAUAGGAUCAAAAAGUAAUUUAGGACAAGUGAAAUGAAAUACAAAAAAAAAAUUAACUUGAAAUAACAAUUUUAGACACUAUUUACUUAUAGAUUAAUAGUAAUUGUAAAAAAAGAAAGAUUAAAAAAAAGAAAUUGUCAAAGUUGAGCAUAAACAUUUAAAGAAAAAAUAGUUAAGUCGUUGUAUGUUUUUAUUCCUUUAUGAUAAUGACUUCUAUCUCUUUCUUUUCUCUAAUUAUUAAAUUGUCUUUUUUCCUGGUAUAAUUCUCAAAUUAUAUAGGAUUUUGAUGUAGUUGAUGGUAGAAUAUUUAAAACAAAAAAAAAUAAAUAAACAACGCAAGAUUGUAUAAAUAGUUUAAAAAUCAAUUGUUUUUCUUCUCACAAUCUUUUAACAACCUCACAACCAAGCUAAGGAUUUUAUUACACUUCAAAGCGUGGAGAUACAAAGUGAAAAAAAAUUAUAUAUUCAAUGUUACCUGUAUAAAAAAAAAAGAAAGUAAGAAUUGAUAAAAUUGUGAAGAAUGCUAAAACAACAAAAUAGUAAAUAAAAUAUUUGGACCAACGUACCAAUAUCUAGCUCA